UCUCAGUUCGAUUCCCAGUUUCGGGCGUCCGUAUCAGAAUGGCUUUGAAUGGGGAAGUGGCCCCAUCAGGCCCCUCGGGACCCUUGCCGCUCCUGGACCCCCCCAAAGGGCCCCUGUGCGCCUACCGGAAGAAGGCGUCCUUCGACUGGAAGGAGAUGGCCCUCUUCGUGGAGGACGAGGACCUGAUCCGCUUCAAGCACACCGUCUUCUCGGCCCUGGAGAACGACCCGCUCUUUGCCCGUGUCCCCGGGGAAGAGCUGCCGCUGGAGAAGUACCGGGAGCUGACCUUCCUGCGCUGUCGGAAGCUUUUUGAAUACGCUUUCCUCACCUUGGAGGAGAUUCUGGAGAAACCCUUGAAAGUGGUCGCCCUGAUCAGCUGCCUGGGGAUGUACGACUGGUCCCUGGGAACCAAAUACUUGCUCAAUUCCCAGGUGUUCAAGGAUACCAUUGAGAGUUCCGGAUCUGAAAGGCAUAAAAAAUUCGUUAAAGAUGUUGAAAACAUGGAGAUAUUUGGAUGCUUCGCACUGACCGAAGUCAGCCAUGGCAGCAACACCAAGAACAUCCGGACGGUUGCUAGAUACAAGCCAGACACGCAGGAGUUUAUUCUUCUUUCGCCUGACUUCGAAGCUGCCAAGUUUUGGGUUGGCAACAUGGGGAAGAAUGCCACGCACGCCGUGGUCUACGCCCAGCUCUACAUGCCGGACGGCCAGUGCCAGGGGCUGCAUUCCUUCGUGGUGCAGAUUCGAGAUCCAAAAACGCUGCUUCCGAUGCCAGGCGUGAUGGUUGGCGACAUAGGCAUGAAGCUGGGGCAGAAUGGCUUAGAUAACGGGUUUGCCAUGUUCCACCACCUGAGGAUCCCCAAAGAGAACCUGCUGAGCCGGACGGGCGACGUGAGUGCCGAGGGGAAAUACACCAGCGCCUUCAAGGAUCACAAGCAGCGCUUGGGGGCUUCUCUGGGCACUUUGUCCAGCGGGAGAGUUAUGAUCAUCGCCAUGUCUGUGGCCAACCUGAAACUGGGCGUGUCGAUAGCCAUUCGCUUCUCCGCCACCCGGCGCCAGUUCGGACCAAGCGACGGCGAAGAGAUCCCUGUCCUGGAAUACCAAAUGCAGCAGUGGCGUUUGCUCCCUUACCUGGCGGCCACCUACGCCCUGGACCACUUCUCGCGAGCGCUCUUCCUGAAGUUCAUCGAGUUCCACAUCGGGCAGAUGAUGAAGGACAAGACUCCCCAGCAGGCUGAGCUGGGCCGUGAGAUCCACGCCUUGUCCACCUCGGGCAAGCCCCUCGCCUCCUGGCUCACCCAGCAAGCCAUCCAAGAAUGCCGGGAAGCCUGCGGGGGACACGGCUACCUGGCCAUGAAUCGCCUGGGCGAUAUCCGUAACGACAACGACCCCAACUGCACUUACGAAGGAGACAACAAUGUUUUGUUGCAGCAAACGAGCAACUACCUGCUGCGCUUGAUGAGCGAGAGAUCCCAAGGCCAUCCUGUUUCUUCGCCCAUGGGGUCGGUGGAUUUCUUAAGUGAUUAUGAUGGUAUUCUCUGCCAGAACUUCGUGGUUCCGGAUUCCCAGGGCCUCAUGGACUCUUCAGUGUCCUUGAGCGCCUACAAGUGGCUGGUUUGUUACUUGCUCCGAGAAAGCAUCCAGAAACUGAGGAGGCAGGAAGAAGGCGGCUGCACUGAUUUUGAGGCAAAGAACAACAGCCAGGUGUAUUACUGUCGUUCUUUAGCUAUAGCUUUUAUUGAGCACACGGUUUUGCAAAACUACCACAAACACGUGCACAGUCCCAGCACACCCGUGAAUCUUCAGCCGGUACUGAAGGAUAUUUGUUCACUCUACGGACUCUGGUCUUUAAAUAAGCACACAGCAAUUCUCUACCAAGGUGGCUACUUUUCAGGUGAAAAUGCCGGUAAAUUGAUACAGGAUUCAAUUCUGGAACUUUGUUCUAAGCUGAAGAACGAAGCAGUGACUCUGGUGGAUGUCAUUGCCCCCCCUGACUUUGUCCUCAAUUCCCCAAUUGCCAAGGCCGAUGGAGAGCUGUAUAAGAACCUGUGGGCUGCCGUCCUUCAGAGCCCCAAGAGCCUGGAAAGAGCCUCCUGGUGGUCGGAAUUUUGUAACAACAAACCUGUGGUGGGCAAGUUGAGGUCCAGAAUGUAGAGAAGAAAAGCCCCCCGAGAGCUGCUAGUGAGCCUUCGGUCACAACAGGGAGAGGGAAAGGAGGAUCAUGUGAAAGGAAAUGAAAGAAGGCACAGAGCUUAGGAGAAAGGGCCGAGCACCGCAGGGCCUCCCCUCGGCUGGCUUCUUGUCUCCCCUCAGAAUGAUGGAAUAUUCCUUCUCUGCCGGUUCAGCCUUCCUGAAUAUUUAACGUCCAGUUGCUUCUCGGACAAUAAUCAACCAUUAAAAUAGCUUUCUGUCCAUAAGUUAAUGACCAUGCUGAAAACCAGCAGCUUUUUGUGUAGAUGUCCCUUUAAGUAUUUGCGUUUGGUCCAUGUGAUUAAUAUCAUCUUAUUCUUCAAGGUUUUAAGUUUGAAUUAAGUUGCUGUUGUUUUGCAUCCGACAUCCGUCUCAUCCCAGAAAGCAAAACACGCAGCGGCCCAGUCCUGCAGCAAACAGGGAAGGCCCGUCUGUCAGUUCCUCCGAGACGUCCUUCUGGGAGGCUUUUUUCUUUCCAUUCCCCCCGUGUUUUUAUUUUUAAGGUUUUAGGAUGACCAACGCUGGAGAGAAAGCUCUGAGUGCCUCUCUGGCCUUCCAGCUGCCGGGUGCCUGGAGGGCUCUGCUAGGGAAGGGCAGCCUGUCUCCAGAGAGAGAGAGAGGGCGAGAGAGAGGAAGGGGACCAUGAGACUCUGGCAAUGGACUUGGCAUGUCCCCCACCCUCCCUCUUCCAGUGUCACUCCCCUUUUUUUAGCCAGUCUGCCUUUGAGGCCUGGUUCUGCCUAGCUGGGAUCCAGACCUGGAAGUGGCCUCAAUCCAGACUCUCCUUUGAAUCAGGAAAGGGGGGGGGGGGGCAUUUCUGUUCUCAAGCAUGAUCGGAUCUCAGGGUUGGAAUCCAAUCCUGGAAAGGUGAAGCGGCUGAGGAAAUCUCAGCUGGGAUCUCGUAUGGACCGGUGGCUGCAUCCUUUCGAUUCCGGCUCCCACUACCUACCGGGUAAAUCUUGCAAUCUGGGUCUGGUGGACGUAGUUUUCCGUAGCCGUGUAUGUCUGUAUAGUAAUAAAAAUAUAUUAACGAUG